AUGGCCGACUAUCUGGCACCGCCUGCGUUUCUGACGGACAAUUCCGUGGUCGCGGCUCUCAAGGAUACAUACACCUCGUUCUCCGAGCGCAGGGCGGCCCUCGGCCUGUCCAACCCAGGUACUGUGGAAAAUAUCGCCAGGGAGGUGCAAAAGGAUGUUUUGCUUUCCAACUUUAUGUUCUCGGGUCUCCGUGCAGACCUAACCAAGAUGUUCAGCAUGUCUCCCCUGUUCCGUGUGUCACAUGCUUUCUCUAUGGGUGGUUCAGGAAACAUGGCUCCCUACGCCUUCUCCGCCAUGUACGGAACUCCCAAGGUCUUUAUGCAAGGUAACUUUGGAAGCGACGGCGGUCUUGCCGCUCUUUACAACUACCGGUGGAGCCCGAAGCUGGUCACCAAGACCAAUGUUCAGGUCAUGGCCGGAGCUGAGCAAGGUCUUAUUCAGCUCGACAACGACUACACCGGCGAUGACUUUUCCCUGUCCCUAAAGGCUUUCAACCCGUCGUGCUUGGAUGGUGGCCUUACCGGCAUCUUUGUUGGAAGCUACCUUCAGUCCAUCACUCCUAAACUCGCUCUUGGAUUCGAAGCCAUCUGGCAGCGACAAGGCCUAAACACCCGCCCCGAGUCUGCAAUCUCAUACUCUGCUCGGUACAAGAGCGAUGAUUGGAUUGCCAGCGCCCAACUCCAGGCCCAGGGCGUUUUCACUGCCUCGUACUGGAAGAAGAUCUCUGAGCGCGUCGAGGCUGGUGUUGACAUGAACCUUCAAUUCGCUCCCAGUGCGGCUGCAUUGAUGAUGGGCGGGCCCAGCAAGGACGGCACCACUGCUAUUGGUGCCAAGUACGACUUCCGCGCUUCCACCUUUAGAGCCCAGGUCGAUAGUGCCGGCAAGGUUAGCUGUCUCCUCGAGAAGCGGAUAGCCAUGCCCAUUGCUCUUACCUUUGCUGGUGAGAUUGAUCAGGCCAAGCAAUCCGCCAAGCUUGGCCUGGCUGUCUCUCUCGAGAUCGCUGGCGAGGAAGUUAUGGAGAUGUCAGAAAAGGCUACUCCCCAGGAGAUGGUCACCCCUCCCUUCUAAUCAAUCUAAUUAUAUCUCCUUUCCUGUCUCGGAACGAUUAUUCCACCAAGGUAGAGCUAUCGCUCUUCCUUGUCUCGGAACUCCUACCCUUUCACCAUUUGUUUUAGUAGCUAUUCCUCCCUCCGUGUGCAUCUUUGGAAGAUAGUAUAUUCCCUCUGUUCUUCCGCUUUCAGUACGGGUUGUUGGUCAAUGGAGGCAGUCGUUUGGCGCCACGGUACCAAUUUUGUAUAGAUCCUUUUUAUUUCUCUCAUGUUAUUGUUUAUGGCUUCAUCUAUGACCGGCGGCCCGUGUUCCUGUUUCAUGUUACUAACCCUUGUGAUGACAACGCCGGCUGGUCAAUGGAGCACUGCUCAGGACGCUUGGGAGCACUUGUCAAAACUUUCGUCUUCAUUUAUGCAUCAUAGAUGGAAUGUAAAACACAUGUUGAAUCUGGC